GCUAUUAAGCGCCCCAAACUUUCAUGGGGGCCAGCAAACAAUUGUCCUCCACGUCCACCCCCACCAUCACAAUCCACAUACACACUUAUAAUGCAAAUUGAGGACACGACAAAAAUCUUGGCAACAAAUCCCUGCUUACUCACCAAACCUUUUCAGCUCAACGGUAUUUCAAGAACCCAAUAAAAAGAAUCAAUCACAUAUUGCCCCAAAAAAAGUGAUUUUGGGUUCAUAGAGUUGCACGAAUUAAUCAAUAAUCAGUUCUUGUGUAGAAUUUUAGUGGGGAAAAAGUCCAAAAAUGAGUUUCAGAGAGGAGGUUGAAGAUGGGAGGGUGGAUCUGAGGAAGCCAUUUUUGCAUACUGGAAGUUGGUAUAGAAUGGGUUCAAGGCAGUCUAGUUUGAUGGGUUCUGCUCAAGCAAUAAGGGACAGCUCUAUUUCAGUGCUGGCUUGUGUUUUGAUUGUGGCGUUGGGUCCUAUCCAGUUUGGUUUCACUUGUGGAUAUUCUUCACCAACACAAGCUGGAAUCACUAAAGAUCUCAAGCUUACAGUAUCCCAGUUUUCUGUGUUCGGUUCAUUAUCAAAUGUUGGGGCUAUGGUCGGGGCAAUAGCAAGUGGUCAGAUUGCUGAGUACAUUGGACGAAAGGGGUCUUUAAUGAUUGCUGCCAUACCUAAUAUUAUCGGUUGGCUUACAAUAUCGUUUGCCAGAGAUAUUUCGUUUCUGUACAUGGGAAGAUUGUUGGAAGGUUUUGGUGUCGGAAUUAUCUCCUACACGGUGCCCGUAUAUAUAGCUGAGAUAGCGCCUUACAAUAUGAGAGGCGGAUUGGGCUCGGUGAACCAGCUAUCUGUGACAAUUGGCAUUCUUCUUUCAUAUCUACUUGGACUAUUUGUUAGUUGGAGACUUCUUGCUGUUCUUGGUAAUUCUCUUCAGAACUUUUGAUUGAUGAAUCCUCGUCAAAGACUAAAUUUGAAUAAAUAA